GCCCAACAUAAAAGGGCAGGCUACAAAAAUUAAAGCCCAUCCAACGCCUGAAAUCGGGCUCAUUUUUACUUUUUCGACGUCCCCACACCACAUUCUUUUCUUCCUUUUCUUUGUUUUUCUGAUUACUUCAAACGACAGAUAUCGCUCUUUGUGCUGACCAAAAAUGGGGGAUCACAUAGCAAGAGGUGAAGAUUUCGAGAACAAGGCUGAGAAGAAAAUCGGCGGAUGGGCCCUUUUUGGCUCCAAAUACGAAGACGCCGCUGAUCUGUUCGAUAAAGCUGGCAAUUGCUUUAAACUCGCCAAAUCAUGGGAUAAAGCUGGAGCAGUAUAUGUUAAAUUGGCUAACUGUCAUCUUAAGUUGGAUAGCAAACAUGAGGCUGCUAAUGCUUAUGCAGAUGCUGCUCAUUGCUACAAGAAGUCAAAUAUUAAAGAGGCAGUAUCGUGUUUAGAGCAGGCAGUGAACUUGUUUCUGGACAUUGGGAGGCUAAAUAUGUCUGCAAGAUAUUACAAGGAAAUUGCUGAAUUAUAUGAGCAAGAGCAAAAUUUGGAUCAGGCUAUUAGUUACUAUGAGAAGGCAGCUGAUCUUUUCCAGAGUGAAGAUGUAACAACAAGUGCAAAUCAAUGCAAACAGAAAGUUGCACAAUUCUCUGCUCAAAUCGAGAAAUAUCCGAGAGCGAUUGAGAUCUUUGAGGAGAUUGCACGUCACUCAGUCAAUAACAACUUGUUGAAGUAUGGAGUUAGAGGGCAUCUUCUUAACGCUGGUAUUUGCCAACUUUGUAAAGGUGAUGUUGUUGCAAUCAACAAUGCGUUGGAGCGAUAUCAGGAGCUGGAUCCAACAUUUUCAGGGACACGCGAAUGCAAAUUGCUAGUGGAUUUGGCAGCUGCAAUUGAUGAGGAAGAUGUUGCAAAGUUCACUGAUGCUGUCAAAGAGUACGAUAGCAUGACACAACUGGAUGCUUGGAGGACAACACUACUUCUAAGAGUCAAGGAAACAUUGAAGGCGAAGGAGCUUGAGGAAGAUGAUCUUACUUAAUUUGUUCCUCUUAUCUAUUGUAAACUACUAGCCUUUAUGUGAUUUUAUUUGCACUGUUGAUUGAUUGUUAUCAUGCUUGUUUGAAUGCAAUUGUAUUUGUACUAAUAUGAGUUUGACUGGUUACAACGGUUUUUGUCUAAUGGUCGAAGUUGAAGCUUUGAAGCUGAGUUCAAAAGUCCAAGUUUUGUACAAUUCUGUAUUGCUGUGGGUAUUUGUACUACCAAUUAUGUGUAAAUAAAUGUUCUUCUCAUUUGGACUAGAAGAACGAUAAAAAUGAA